AUGAGUGAUAUUACUCCCAGGCGGGUUGUCCUCCAAUGCCGUGAACAAUACUUUAGAGAACAGCGUACAAUGGUUGAAGCUUUCUUCCAAUCGCAAGAUCUUUUAAAUUUGCAGGACUAUGGCAUACACAUAUGUGGAGAACCCUCCUCUCGUGCUCUAUAUCUCGUCCUCAAUCUCUAUUGCAAGGAGGUUCCUAGUGUUAACCUUGAUUGUUUGAACCUUUAA